CGGAGGAAGAUGUCGGGGCAGUCGCUCACGGACCGCAUCGCGGCGGCGCAGCACAGCGUCACCGGCUCGGCCGUGGCCAAGGCCGUCUGUAAGGCCACGACCCACGAGGUGAUGGGCCCCAAGAAGAAGCACCUGGACUAUCUGAUUCAGUGCACAAAUGAAAUGAAUGUGAAUGUUCCACAGUUGGCAGACAUGCUUUUUGAGAGAACUGCAAACAGUAGCUGGGUUGUAGUGUUCAAAGCUCUAAUUACAACACACCACCUCAUGAUGUAUGGAAACGAGCGCUUUAUCCAGUAUCUUGCAUCCCGAAACACAUUGUUCAAUCUGAAUAACUACCUAGACAAAAGUGCCAUGCAGGGCUAUGAUAUGUCUACCUUCAUUAGGCGACAUAGCAGAUACUUGAAUGAAAAAGCACUUUCGUAUAGACUUGUAGCAGUUGACUUCACCAAAAUGAAAAGAGGGAUAGAUGGAGUGAUGAGAACCAUGAAUGCUGAAAAGCUUCUGAAAACCCUUCCAAUCAUACAGAAUCAGCUUGAUGCACUCCUUGAUUUUGAUGCAAAUCCAAAUGAACUAACAAAUGGUGUUAUAAAUGCUGCCUUUAUGCUACUCUUUAAAGAUUCCAUUAGACUUUUUGCAGCAUACAAUGAGGGGAUUAUUAAUCUCUUAGAGAAAUAUUUUGAUAUGAAGAAGAACCAGUGCAAAGAAGGUCUGGAUAUUUACAAAAAAUUUCUAGCCAGAAUGACCAAAUUGUCAGAAUUUCUCAAAGUAGCAGAGCAAGUUGGAAUUGAUCAGGGUGACAUUCCAGAUCUUACACAGGCACCCAGCAGCUUGCUUGAAGCCUUGGAGCAACAUUUGGCUUCUUUGGAAGGAAAGAAAACAAAAGAAGUCUCUGCUGCAAGCAGAGCUAGUGCCCUAUCCAGUGCUGUUUCCACGCUUGCCAGCACAGGAAUGUCAUUUAGCAGGAUGGAUGAGAAAGAGAAGCAGCAGGCAUUGGAGGAAGAACAAGCUAGAUUGCAGGCACUAAAGGAGCAACGAUUAAGAGAGAUUUCUGUGGUAUCAAAUUCCACUUCCACAUCAGCAUCCCCAAGCACCUUAUCAGGAAAAAGUGUGAAUACCACUGCAGCUGUUGACCUUUUUUCAGCACCAGCACCCACAACAAAUAGCAUGCCCAACCUCUCUAGUGAUCUUUUUGAUCUUCAGCCUGCGUUUGUUCCAACUGUACAGAGUACUCCAGCUAUAGCAACAUCAGCAAGCAGUGCAUGGGGAGGUCCUUUCUCGUCUUCAAAUGGUUUUGUUGGUUCUCCACCUCAUCUGGACAUCUUUAACAUGAAGCCAGUUGAAGAAGCUGUAAAAUCUGCCACCUCUUUCAUCAGUUCUACAUUUUCCUCCAAACAAACAGUGGAACUGUUCAGUGAUGACUUUAGUGGUCAUAAACCUGCGUAUACCUCUGUGUAUCAUCCUCUUGCUGUUGAUGGGUUUCCUCUUCAUUCAGCUCCUCCGAAUACCACCUCUUCAUCAAUUAAUGCAGACUUUGAUGCUGUUUUUGGUGGAAAAUCUACUACACCAGAGUACAGGCCUGCUAAUGAUGAGGUAUUGCAACCUACAGUACCACCACAGAGUCAAAGAACUGUUCUGGCCAGUCAGCAAAGCGGAAAAAUUUUGGCAAAUGAUCUUGAUUCGUCACUUGCUAAUCUUGUGGGAAAUCUUGGCUUUGGAGGAACUCCACCCAAAAAAUCAGAUAUGCAGUGGACCCAGCCUACAGAGAAAAAACUUACUGGUGGAACAAACUGGCAAGCGAAAACAAGCACAUCAACCACGUGGAAUCCUACUCCCUUAUCCACUAUUCCACAUAUGGUACCCGCUCCUAUUGCAUACCCAGUGACCACACCUCAAGUGCCUGUAUAUGGAAUGGUACCUCCCCAGAUUGGAGCUGCUCCUUUGAUGGCACCCCAGUCAAUGAUGUAUACACAGCCUGGUCUAAGGCCAACAAACCCUUUUGCACCUGUUUCUGGAACUCAGGAAGAUGUAGAUUCCUUUAUGAAGCAGCCUGGGAAUGAGACAGCAGAUAUAGUCCUUAAGAAGUUGGACGAGCAGUAUCAGAAGUAUAAAUUUAUGGAACUUAAUCUUGCUCAAAAGAAAAGGAGGCUAAAAAGUCAGAUUCCUGAAAUUAAACAGACAUUAGAAAUUUUAAAACACAUGCAGAAGAAAAAGGAAUCCACAAAUCCAAUGGAAACCAGAUUUUUACUGGCAGAUAAUCUGUAUUGCAAAGCUUCAGUUCCUCCUACAGACAAAGUUUGUUUGUGGUUGGGGGCCAAUGUGAUGCUUGAAUAUGAUAUUGAUGAAGCUCAGGCUCUGUUAGAGAAGAACUUGUCAACAGCCACAAGAAACCUUGAUUCUUUAGAGGAAGACCUGGAUUUUCUUAGAGACCAGUUUACCACUACAGAAGUCAAUAUGGCUAGAGUUUAUAAUUGGGAUGUAAAGAGAAGAAACAAGGAAGACCCUUCCAAAAAUAAAGCAUAGUUUUGGCAAUUUUAAAUGUGUUUUCAAUUUCCAAAUAUUUUUUAUUUAAACACCCCAAAGUUCAUUCCUAAGGGACUGAGUUACUUUAAUCAUUUCAGCAAAUGGUAAAAUAAAUUCAAAAAAAAAAGAUGGUGAGCACCAUUUUAUUUAUUUGUAAACUCAAAAUUUGGGUUCAUGCAUGCCUCAUGAAAUUACGAAUUAUUUGAAAAGACACCGCACAGUCUAGCCAAGGAUGCAGCGUUUUGAUGAGACUACUCUGUCCUAAGUAAAUUUCUACCUGAAAAUUUGGAAAUGCAAGAUGAAAGUAUGAAAUGGGUCUGCCACUUGAGCAGGUUACCAUAGUGCAAGAGUUUACUCUUUCCUCUCUGUGAUGUGCAGUUGGUGAAGGUGCAGUCACCCAGGGCUGGGAGGACGUGCAGUUAGUGCUGUAGUAAACAGAACAAGUACAGUGAGGUCUUAGAUUUUGUUUCACUCAGUUACUUCUCUGGCAGCAUAAACCUACGAGCAUUCCUGGAUAUCUAUCCACUGGGGAUAAACUUGACUUCCAUAAUCAUUGGUUAAGUUACCUGUCUGUUACUGGACUCUCAGCACUUUACCUGCCACAGUUUGUGACUUGUCUUUGGAGAAGGGUGAUGAAUGGAGCAAUGGAGCAAAGAGCACAAGCUACGUCAAGACUGCAGGUGAUCUCACCCCAUUCUUCUUCAUACAUGUGCACACACUGCUUGUUUUUGCCAAUGUGUUGACCGAGGACACGAAAAUGCUGGCAGCCUGUAAACAAGAACCCCCAUGUACAAUCCCUUAGACAGAUAUCCAGUUCAAAUGUCUUAACACUCUCAGCCUCCUAAGUAGUGAAACCUGUAUGAAACAUGGAUGGUCUGCUGAAGUACUUCUUGGGUUACUUUGAAGCCUUGCAAGAUUGUUGCCUUUUUCCUCUGCAGUUUCCUUCUAAAAUGAAAUGCUCAGUGGUGAUGUCAGUGGCUAGUAUACACACUCUGUGACUGAGAAUGCAGGUUUCUCUACAGAAUAAAUGCAGAUGUUAACUGUUCAAUCUUCA